GUAUUGAAUGGCGGGGCAGGCUCGAGGGGCUGAAUUGCCUACCCAUGCUCCUAGUUUUUAUGUUCUUAUGAAGAGAUUUAUAAAUGAACAAAGAAAUUUCAAUACUUCGGGAGCUGGGGACCAGUGUGAUUAAGUGAGAAAUAAUCAGCUCUGGGCAGGAUGUGAGUGACAAGGUUGGAGCUUGUCUUAGGGUUAGCUGAAGAGUUCGUGAGAACAGCAUUGCAGAAGUCCACAUUUGAAUUGAAAUUUGAAGCUCAGCUCAAGUUUGAAGAUGAUACCAUGGUUACACACUGUUGAGUUCAACUUGAGCAAGCUGAUCGAGAGGAGAGCAGGAGCAGAGGCUAAGAUACGAAGUUUCUGGUGGGCUGACUUCAGUGUUCUCACAGCAAAGAUAGUGAUAUUAAAAUUUUCUUGAAUAAGGAAAAAUUUAAGAGCAUUCUUGUGGGUUGAGGUGGAACUGGAACCAAGGGGAGGCUUUUUAAGUGAAUUCAUCAUCCAGCAGGUGCGGAACAUGUGUGGCUUGAGCAAGUAGGAGUUCACUAUCCAGUUUUAUUCAAUGGGUUGUACAAUAGAUGAAAAAAGCUGGAAACGUUUUAAAAGAAAAUUGUGAACAGAUUGAGAGAACUGUAGGUUCUGUUGGGUGCGCAGAAUGAGCACCCUCCUGUGCAUCUAUUUUGUGACAUGUUUGCUUCUUUUAAGAAGUCACUGGUUGCUUUAAAAGAUAUGGAAUUAAUUAUGGAGAAAUUUUCAAUAUAAUUAGCGACAUUGCAAGUUACUUAAAACAGAUCCCGUUCGAAAGACAUCCAUCAGGUAAGGCCAGGGUAUAAGGAAUGUUGUGUUCCUUAUUAGUGUAUGAUGGACUGGCAUCCCGUUCUGGGUGUACCCUGCCUAAUGCCCAUUGCGUCGGGAUAGGCUCUGACUCCCCGUGACCUUGAAUUGGAUGAAGCAGUUCUGGAAGAGUGAGUGUUCCUUAUUAAUGAAAAGAAUAUUGGGUCAAAACAGCUUUUUGAUACUGAAUAUAGAUUUGUUGAGGCAGGUUCUAGUUUAGCAUUUUGAUUGUCAAAUCAUACUGAAGAAAUUAAAGUUUCAGUGCUGCUUUUGGUAUAUUGCAGAGAUUUAACCUACAGUAAUCUGCUUUUGUUUUCUCUCAACUUCAACAUGGAAAAUUAUGUUCAUUUAAGGCACAGCCAAGAUCAUUAAAUAACUUAGACCAGCCACAGUUACUGAUGUGAAUUGUCAUACGAAUCACCAUUAGGGAAAAGAUGUAUUGCAAAUGACAAUUUUAAAACACCUGCAUUCUCUUAUACUUUGUAAGAAUAAGUACAUAAAACAGAUUAUCUCAUCAUUAUCACAUUACUGUUUUGUGGGAGCUUGAUGUAGGAUAUGUAACAGCCAACUUGCUCACAUUACUAGUGACUACAAUUCAAAAGUGCUUCAUUGGCUGAAUGACACCUAGAACGAUGGAACGAUUAGCAAGAAGACUUUUUAAGGGAGUUUUAUUCAUGGAGGUUGCAGGAGUAGCUGGAGCAUACUGGCUGUUUCGUAGGAUGAAUGCCAGUCAAGAGUUCAGACAUACAGUAAAUAGAAGGUUUCCUUCCAUUUUAGAAGUUUAUUAUAAAUCCAAUGAAUGGGCAGGAAUUUAUGGAAUCCGAGAACAGGAUCAGGAAACCUGGUCCAACAAACAUAACCAGUAAAUAUUUUCUUGGCCUUGAAUUUCUUCUUCUGCUUACGUAGUGUUUGGGCAUCUUUGCCUCUGAUCCAAGCAUCACGAUCAGAUUCCCACUGAAGCUGCUUCACACCUGGGGAAAUAACAUGUUUGAAACUCAGUAGUGAGCCACCAUUAAAAUUCCAAAUGGCAAAGCUUCUACAAUGGAUAAAUCUAUAUCGUUAGUACCUAGCCAAUGGGAGAAUGUGAUAUCUUGACAGAAUAAUUAAGAUCAAAAGGAUGGAAUCAGAAUUUCACGGAUGUAAAUAAAAUCUUUUCAACAUGUUAUACUGAAAAUUUCAAAAAUGGAGAGUACAGCUUUGUAUGCUUAAGUCAAAAAUUGCAAGUUAUUACUAUUGACUCAAAGUACUUUGCUUUUUCUCUUUGUACUGAUAGCAGUUACUUACUUGCUUUAUCUUUGUUUGCCAUUGCAUUUAUGCCAAUGUUGUCAAACUUUGAUCCAGCAUUUUCAUCCAGCAGAUAGCCAAACUGUAAAAGGACAAAAUAAGUUUAUUUAAAGCACUGCAAAAACCCAUUGCAUCAAAAUAAUUUUUCACCCCUGCUUCAUUAAAUGGCACCAAUUAUUU